UGGGCGUGAUCCCAAGACGACGCUUUCACUCUGGACGAGCAGCGUGGACUCACGCACCGUAGUCUGGCUGGGAUCCUUAAAACGACUCACUCUGCGACAUUUAACGGCUUAUAGCUGAUUCGGAAUGGAUUCUUCUAUGAGUGCCGCUGAAAUCCGCCAGAAGUUCAUCGACUUCUUCAAUCGCUACGAGCACCAGUAUGUGCACUCGUCAGCCACCAUCCCGCUGGAUGACCCCACGCUGCUGUUUGCCAAUGCGGGCAUGAACCAGUUCAAGCCCAUCUUCCUCAACACCAUUGAUCCAUCCCACCCCAUGGCAAGGCUUCGUCGCGCAGCCAAUACUCAAAAGUGUAUCCGUGCGGGAGGAAAACACAACGACUUGGAUGAUGUGGGCAAAGAUGUUUACCACCACACAUUCUUUGAGAUGUUGGGAUCUUGGUCCUUUGGGGACUACUUUAAGCAUCUGGCCUGUAAGAUGGCACUGGAGCUGCUGACUCAGGAGUUUGGCAUUUCCAUUGACCGCCUGUAUGUCACCUACUUUGGCGGCAACGAUGACGCAGGCCUGGAGGCUGACUUGGAGUGCAAAGAAAUCUGGAUGUCUCUUGGCAUGGAUGAAUCUCGCAUCUUGCCGGGCAGCAUGAAGGACAACUUUUGGGAAAUGGGAGAUACCGGCCCCUGCGGUCCUUGCAGUGAGAUCCACUACGACCGCAUUGGAGGUAGAGAUGCUUCCCACCUGGUGAACAUGGAUGACCCCAACGUCCUGGAGGUCUGGAACCUGGUGUUUAUCCAGUUCAACAGGGAGUCGGAGACGGUGCUGAAACCACUACCAAAGAAGAGCAUCGACACUGGGAUGGGUCUGGAGCGCUUGGUGUCUGUGCUGCAGAACAAGAUGUCCAACUAUGACACUGACCUCUUCAUCCCAUACUUUGACGCUAUUCAGAAGGGUACUGGUGCUCGGCCAUACACGGGUAAAGUUGGAGUCGAGGAUGCCGAUGGUGUUGACAUGGCCUAUCGUGUGCUGGCUGAUCACGCUCGCACCAUCACCAUCGCCCUUUCGGAUGGUGGGCGGCCUGACAACACUGGAAGAGGGUAUGUUUUGCGGCGAAUCCUGCGUCGUGCCGUCCGUUAUUCCCAUGAAAAGUUGGGAGCCCAGAAAGGCUUUUUUGCUACGCUAGUCGAUGUGGUGGUCAAGUCCCUGGGUGACGCAUUUCCCGAAUUGAAGAAAGACCCAGAAAUUGUGAAGGACAUUAUCAAUGAAGAGGAGGCGCAGUUCCUUAAAACGCUCACCAGGGGGCGACGCAUCCUCGACAGGAAGAUCAUGAGUAUGGGAGACAGUAAAACCCUCCCAGGUGACACCGCAUGGCUCUUGUAUGACACGUACGGCUUUCCCCUGGACUUGACCUCACUCAUCGCAGAGGAGAAAGGCAUGGUGGUGGACUUGGCUGCCUUUGAGGAGGAGAAAAAGGCCGCACAGUUGAAGUCCCAGGGGAAAGGUGCAGGAGACGUGGACCACAUCAUGUUGGACAUAUACGCCAUUGAUGAGCUGAGGAACAAGAAUAUCCCUGCCACAGAUGAUUCUCACAAAUACAAAUACACCUCUGAUGAAAACGGCACCUAUGACUUCCAACAGACGUCGGCCACGGUGUUGGCGCUGCGCCACGACCGCGCUUUUUGCGACCAAGUGACCACCGGCCAAAAGUGUGGUGUGCUGCUGGAUCAGACGUGUUUCUACGCCGAGCAGGGUGGACAGACAUUUGAUGAAGGCUACUUGCUUCGGGAGAAUGAUAACACAGACGAUCGAACAGAGUUCUCAGUGAAGAACACUCAGGUUAGAGGAGGUUACGUUCUACACGUGGGCACAGUUUAUGGAAUAUUGAAGGUUGGAGACCGUGUCACCUUACACGUGGACGAGGCUCGUCGCAGGCCCAUCAUGAGCAACCACACUGCUACACACAUCCUCAACUUUGCUCUAAGGGGAGUUUUGGGCGAGGCGGACCAGAAGGGCUCUUUGGUGGCGUCGGACAGACUUCGCUUUGACUUUACCGCUAAAGGUGCCCUGAGCACAGGGGAGGUCCGUCGCACCGAGGAGAUCGCUUGUGCUAUGAUAAGGGAUGCCAAGCCCGUUUAUGCCAUGGAAGCCACCCUGGCCAAAGCCAAGGCUAUUCAGGGUCUGCGCGCGGUGUUCGACGAGACGUACCCUGACCCUGUGAGGGUCGUGUCCAUCGGGAUCCCCGUUCAGGACCUACUGGAUGACCCCAAUAGCCCUGCUGGCUCCCUCACCUCCAUUGAGUUUUGUGGUGGGACCCACCUGCAGAACUCGGCCCAUGCAGCGCCGUUUGUCAUCGUCUCUGAGGAGGCCAUCGCGAAGGGCAUCCGUCGUAUUGUUGCCGUGACAGGAAGCGAGGCUCAGAAGGCUCAGAGGAAAGCAGACGCGCUGACCCAAGCUCUGAGCGCCCUGGCAGACCACGUAAAGCAGCAAACAGUUCCCAACAAGGAUGUGCAGAAAGAGAUUGCUGAUAUGGCAGAGUCCAUCGGCACCGCGGUGAUGUCCCAGUGGCGGAAGGAUGAGAUGAGGGAGACCCUGAAGGGCCUGAAGAAGACCAUGGAUGACCUGGACCGCUCACACAAGGCGGACAUUCAGAAGAGAGUCCUGGAGAAGACCAAGGAGGUGAUUGAGAAGAGCCCCAAUCAACCAUUGCUGGUAAUGGCAAUGGAAACUGGGGCCUCAGCCAAGGCUCUCAAUGAGUGCCUGAAGGUGCUGAAGGCCAACUCCCCUCAGACCGCCUCCAUGCUCUUUGCUGUGGACCCCGAUGCCGGCAAGGUCAUCUGCUUGUGUGAAGUCCCUCAGGAAAAAGCCAAACUUGGACUGAAGGCAAGCGAGUGGGUGCAAGAGUUGUGCCCCCUGAUGGACGGCAAAGGAGGUGGCAAGGACAUGUCUGCACAGGCCGCUGGUCGCAACACAGAGUGUCUGCAGGAAGCGCUACAGAUGGCCAGGCAGUUUGCGUCGCUCAAGCUGGGCGAGAAUUAAAACGUGGGCGAGGAGCGAGGAACAGGAGCCAGGCAAGUGUCAUGUUAUAAACAGGGUGGAAGAUGGGAGCAUCGUCUGAUGUGUUUCUUUGAGUCUGAUCUGGAACAGAACAGCACCUUUUGGGGGUUUCUCAAUCUCACUUUGCUUCUUGGUGACCACUAUUGAGAUUAGGUUUGUUCAUGUGAACCUCGCUCAAAAUGUAUCUGUGUGGGAAUUCUACACUAACUUGAAAUCCGUUCAUGGCAACAUCUGACAUUGUACGCUGAUAGGACCCUACAGGCAGUGUAAAUCUUAUUUGCAUGCUGACACAAAGAAGACAAGGAAGGGAUUUGUAACCCUGGAGUAGUGCCGAAAGGGGACAAUUUUGCACUUGGCUUUACUGUUUUGAGCGUUAAGAUCUAAUCUGUGCUGCCAUUUCUCCUGUUCGUCUCGUCGUCAUGUAGACGUCUAAACCUACUCAAAGCCACUUAGCCUUCCUGAUUUGUUCAGGGCUAAUUCCAACUCCAAAUUGACCAGCAAUUUAGGAACUUUAUUUCCCCGUUUAGAUGCGGGGCCAUGGUACCAUCCAUCCAUUAUUUGUAAGAUGGAGCUGUUUGAAUGAACUUUAACUGUAAAAUGAAGAAGCCAUUAUGUUACAGCUUCUAACGGUCAAAUUUAGUAGAUUGAUAUCUUUAUCCUGUGUUAAUGGUUAUAUUCUCCAUUUAGUAUGAAACUUCAUCUCUUUAUCACCUCAAUGCACACACCUCAAUUUGUCAUGUCAAAGCUGUUCCAUGGACGCGACAUUAUGGGAAAAGACAUUUUGGGAUUGGAAUAAAGUGUCCUGCCUA